AUGCGAUUGCUAAUUGAGACGUUGCUGUCAGCAACGAUCUUGUUCUUUGGGACCCUCGGAACUGGUUUUAUACCUAUAGUGUAUAUGAAUAAAUUAAUAGAGAAGGGAAAUGGCGAGAUGAAAUACUUAAAGUAUAUUUCUGACUUUGGAAUUGGGAUGUUAUUGGGUACAUCUUGUUUAUUGGUUAUUCCGGAAGGUGUUGAGCGUUUUGCAGAAUCAGGAAGUGGGCGUGGGUUUGGAAUUAGCUUGCUGUUGGGAUUUCUCAUAUUAUAUGGUUUUGAUAGAUUCUUGCAUGCCUUACAAACGGGCAGCAUAGCAUUGAGUUGGUGGGACGCCGCGGCAGAACCAGUUGUUAUUGAGAGUAGAAGAGACUUCUUUAACUUGACCAAGACUUUACCUAUUAUACUGUCGAACAACAUUGUUUUCGCGUUGGUGAUCCAUGGAUUCUCUGAUGGAUUAGUGCUCGGAGUUUCACAAUCUUAUGAUUCAUUGAAAGUAGUGAUGCUAAUAGCUAUAGUGAUCCACAAGAUCCCAGCUACGCUUUCAUUAACCGGAUUGAUGAUAUCGAAGCAGCGACUACCGAAACCAACUGUUAUCGUGAAUCUCACUGCAUUCAGUUUGUCUACACCUAUUGGUUUAAUCUUUGUGAUGUGCUUAAAGUUUAUUAGCAACGAUAUACUUGAGAAAUUCAGCGAUGGGUUAUUGGUUGCCAGUGGAAGCAGCUUGCUAUACGCCUCACUUCUUUCUUUGAACGCAUCCGGUGACGAUCAUGUUCCAUAUGAAGCCUUGGAAGGGGACGAGUCAGGCCCAGAAAGGGAAAAAGAGUCUCUACCGGACUUCAAAUUAUUGCUCUUAGGGGUGGUAGUUCCAUUAGUGAUCUCAUUCUUUGUUCCCGAAGGAUGA